GGACCAGAACAGCGCCAUCUUUUCUGGGUUUGCAGGAUUCCUUGCCAUCCUCCUGACCACUAUGAUUUUCUACAGCCUGUGGAACUGGAAUAAAUGGAAGAAGCACCGACAAGUUCCUCACUUCCGAGUUACCGUCAUGCCCUUACUCUCUCUGUCUCGACCCAGACAAGGAACCAAAAAUAUUUAUGACUCCUUGCCCCAGAGGCAAGAAGACCUGGGGAGACGUCAGUCGAGGAGUAACCGUAUUUUCAGCACCGAGAGCCUCCUCUCCAGAAAUUCUGAUAGACCUCCUUCGGAGCCUGUGCCCUCCCAAGCAGCCAAUGCCCUCUGGCUGCACAGAGACCAUAAUCCUGCCAACAGCUAUGCAGUGGGCAUCUAUGACAAUGCCACGGGGCUCCAGAUGUGUGGGGACCUCACUCCCUCAGCAAACUAUGUCAAUGUCAAAGCAGCCCGAGACUGCCUGAGCAUUUCUUCAGAGGAUUCGAGAGAUUACAUCAAUGUCCCCAUAGCAGAGGAGAUUGCUGAGUCUCUAGCUUCUACCAACAGCUCCCCUGCGAACCUCUUUGCCCUCCCAGAUGCCCAGGAGCUGGAGUUUACUGAGGAAAAAGACAAGGGCUGUGGGAAUGCCAGUGACCGAACCUGUUUUUGGUCUCCAAGAUCUGAGAGCGAUGAUCCACUCAGCGAUGAGGAUGGUUCUUCUGAGACCUCAAAUGACUACGUCAAUAUGGCAGGGUUGAAUCUGGAGACCCUCCAGGGGAAGCAGCCCCAGAUGGCUUUCCAGUGCUACAGAGAUUAUGAAAAUGUCCCAUCAGCACCUACCAUUGGAAACCAACAGCAGGUGGAGGAAGAAGUGACCUCCUCAAACACAGACCAUGUGGAAGGCUGGACGGAUGGUCCAGGUACCCACAUCCAAUUUGUCAUGCAGUCAGGGACGUUCCUGGCUCUAGGGGAACAUGUGACCUGUCAGCCAUCUGCACAGAGUGAGACUAGUCAGAUAAAACAUGGAGAAGAAAUGUCAAAUGACAUUUCUAGCGACUAUGAGAAUGUGCUAGCUGCCAAGUCAGGAGACAGGGACUCCAAGCAGGGGCCAGACACAUAGCUCCUUCCUGAUGAAUUGGGACCCAGGCAUCCAGUUGGAGAGCUCUGUGGAGUAGUCUAUUCUGCUGGAUCCAUGGCCACUAUAGGGUCUGAUGAAGACCACUGACCAUCCUUGUAUUUCAGUGGGUUCGUUCAAGUAGACUACAAAGAGGCUGAGAUACACAGAAGUUAAGGAACUCACAAAAGCCAACUUCUGAGAAAGCCAGAAAGGAAUUCUUCUCAAGCAUGGUGCUGUUCUCUCUCAUAACAACCUAAGAAUGUUUGCUGAAACUGCCUUAUAGGACGGUUGGUAGAUUAAAAAUUCGAUAGUUCUUUCGUGCACAGUGGAAACAUGGGGAGUCUAAAAUCAUUACCUUUGUGAAUACCAGCAGGAUGCAAAGCGAGAAUACAGAUUAGUUUGUAAUCCAGGCAGAGGCCAAAAAGAAGAAAGAAGUCGGAGUUGGGGUGGUGCAGCAGUUUCCAGUUGAAAAAGAGUGUGGACAACCAAAUGCUGGAGAAGAUGUGGGACAGCAGAAUGGUCAUUCAUUGCAAAGCACAAUAUCCACUUUGGAAAAGUGUUUGGCAGUUUCUUAUGAACAUACAUUUACUAUACAGCCCAGCCAUUCCACUCCCGGGUGUUUAUCCAAGAGAAUUGAAAACUUGAGUUCAUACAAAAGCCCAUAUAUGCUAUUUAUAGCAGCUUUAUUCACAAUUGCCAAAACUAGAAAUAACCCAGAUGUCCUUCAACAGAUAAAUGGACAAACUGUGGUAUGUCCAUGUAAUAAGGUUAUCUACACUCAGCAGUAAAAAGGAAUGAGCUAUUGGUUUGUGCAACAACCUAGACAAAUCUUAAAAGCACUUUGCUAAGUGAUAGAAGCUAGACCUAAAAAUCUACAUAUUGUAUGAUUCCAUUUAUAUGACCUUCUGGAAAAGACAAAACUAUAGGGAUGGAAAACAGAUCAGUAGUUGCCAGGUUUAAGGAAAGGAAGUUUAUACAAAGGAAUUUUUAGGUUAAUGGGGCUCCUCUGUAUUGGUAUUGUGGUGGUGGAUACAGGACUUUGAAUUUGUCAAAACACAAAAAACUAUAUAGCACAACCAGUGACUUUUAUUGUAUGUAAAUUUUUUAAAUUAACCAUGCUGUCAGGGGAAGCCAGGAUGGAAUGCAGAUUAAGACAAAUAAACCUAACUAUAUUAUAGAUAUAUGAUAUAGCCUCACUGAAGGGGUGAGGGGAAAAGGAGCUGGCCUAAUUAACUUUAGAAAACAAUGUUUUCACUGAAGACUAUAAGAAAGACAAAAACUACAUAAACACUGUACUCUAGUUGGUAAAUUCGUAUCUCAGAGGAAUAUAGGUUAGCAAUUCUGAAAGUACUUUAAAUGUAGCUUGAACAAAUAAGUCAAUGUAGAUAAGGAUGGACAGGUUUCUCAUUAUCAGAAAGGCUACAAUGAAUUCUGUGGUGCUGGAUUAGAUUUGGAGGUAUAGUUUGAACUCUUGUUUAUUUAAAUAUAUAUAUGAAUAGAUACACAAAUAAAUAGAUACACAAAUAAAUAUAGAUAUGUGUAUACAUAGGCUAGCAGACAUAUAUUUCUUAGCUCUGUCCGCUAGAGGGUCUAGAAGAAUUGACACCCUAGAAGCAAUGAACACACUUAGCACCCAGGUCUUGGUUUCUAAAUAUCAUUCUCAGUUCUAGGGCUGGGUAGGGAAAACACAGGAGGGGGGGCUUGACCAUCUUGUAGAUUUAAAAAAAAAGAAAGAAAGAAAGAAAGGAAAGAAAGAAAGAAAGAAAGAAAAAGGAGGGUGUCAGGGGAAGAAAACACAAGAAAAUAUGAAGGUAUGUUGAAAGGAGCCAUCUAAGAGAUCCCAGGGGCAAAGCUAGAACAAUUUCAGCAAUAAAAAUAAAUAAUUAUGAUAUAAAUUUGUAACUCAACAAAAUAAAUAUUCUUGAGUCCAUACCAGUAAGUGAAUAAAAUGGAGGAGAGGGAGAAAUCUUCCUUCCUGCUGAAUUCUGAAUAAUAAAUAUAGAAGAAAUGAGGGGAAAACAAAAUCACUACUAAGAUACCACAGAACUGUAUGUUAACUAUACCGGAAUUAAAAUACAAGCUUAAUUAAGAAAAAGACACCACAGAAUAAUUGCUGUACGCAAGUCCUAAUGAGUGCUAAAAUUAGUGGAUGACACUUUAAAGAGAACUAAGAUCGUUGCAUAGCUUCAAAGAUCCCCCCCCCCAAAUAUUUAUACAUUGCUAUCAUGACUCUGACACAUGUCCGUCCACAAAUUAGUCAAUACUUUCCCCAGAACUUAAUUCCCCUCUCCUUCAGUCUGGAGUGUGGGCUGGAUUUAGUGACUCUUUUCUAACAAAUAGAAUAUGGAACGGCCGGUGCAGGCGUGGGGGGUGAGGGGGGUGGGCGUGCAAAUUUAGAGCAGACACCAUCUUAACCAUGUGGUCAAGGCUAACUCACCAGUAAUAAGUCAAGUUGUUAUAUGAUCAAGGAGAAGGGUACUUCACCUCCGUAGUAUUCUUCCCCCAAAUCCACAAAACCCCAUUCUUAUCAUGAGAAAAAAAUCGGAAAAUCCAGAUUGCAUAACAUUCUACAAAUACCUGACUUGAACUCUUAAAAGUGUUAAAAGUCACAAAAUAUAAGGAAACACUAAGAAACUGUCACAGAUUAGAGGACACCAAGCAGGCCUGAUGACUGAAUAUAGAAUAAUGGUACCUUGGAUUGGAUCCUGGUACAGAAAAAGGACAUUAGUGGGGGGGGAAACGAUAGCAUUCAAAAAGUCCAUAUUUUAGUAAAUAGUAUUACAUUGAUGUUAGGUUCUUAGUUUUGAUCAUUGUAUCAUGGUCAUGGAAGAUGUUAGCAUUACGGGAAGCUGGGUGAGGGAUAUAUAGAGAUUCUCUCCUAUUUUUGCAACUCUUCUGUAAAUUAUUUCCAAAUAAAAUAAUUUUAAAACAUGGGUAAAGUGAAGACAUCUAGCUUCAUACCAUUUAAAGAAAUAUGCCUUGUUCCUUCUUCUGCAAAAUGGGUAUAACAUUAAAGCAUAAGCUAGUAUAA